AUGGGUUCCCACGCGGCAUUCGAGCACAUCGAGCUUAGUCCCACCAAAGCGCCGGGGGACACCACAGUUUCAAACUCUGGCAAUUUGCCAACCAAUUCCAAAGGUGAGACAGUCGACCAUGGCGCAGAAACGCAACUUCAUCGCUCUCUCGGCACUCGGCACCUCACCAUGAUUGCCCUGGGGUCCGCAAUCGGGAUGGGGAUGUGGCUUGGGAGCGGAAAGUCACUCGCCAACGGCGGUCCGGCAAGUCUGUUUGUUGGCUUCCUAAUUAGCAGCUCGGUAGUCUGGUCAGUCUCACACUCCAUUGGCGAGAUGGCUAUCAUGUAUCCGCUGCCCUCGGGGUUUGUGCAGUGGUCGUCGAUCUUUAUAAGCCCCGCGGCCGGGUUUGCGCUUGGUUGGGGGUAUUGGUUUUCGUACUGGAUUACGAUUGCAAAUGAACUCCAAGGCGUUGUCACGGUGUUGAACUACUGGACAGACCAGGUACCCAAAGCAGCAUUGAUAACCAUCUUCUGGGUCGUCAUCAUCUUGAUCAACGUUUGGGCUGUCAGGUUCUUUGCAGAGGUCGAGGUAUUUUCAUCAACCGUCAAGUUCGGCUGGAUGUUCAUAGCCAUCAUCGCAUUGGUUGUUGUCACGGCCGGACGUGCCCCACAAGGAGGACCCAUUGGCUUCCGUUAUUGGAACGAACAGACAUUUAACAAUGGCUUCAAGGGGUUCAUCAGCGUCCUCCCAACCUGUGUUUUUGGCAUGGCCGGCUCUGAAAAUGCGGCUCUGGUCGCGAGCGAGGUGUCUAAUCCUCGACGGUCGGUGCCCAGAGCCAUUGGAUCAAUCUGGCUCCGUCUCGGGCUAUUCUAUAUUUUAGGAAGCUUGAUGAUAACCCUCACAGUCAAUCCCAAGGAUCCCAACCUCUUUGGCGGCUCCGGGAGUAACGCCUCUCCAUUUGUGAUUGCGUUCAACAAUGCUGGUAUUCCCGUCAUGGCGCAUAUCACCAAUGCAGUGAUUCUUAUUUCUGUCGUGUCAACGGGGAGUAUCUCGGGAUAUGGAGGCUCACGGAUGCUCAUGGGCCUGGCGCAUGUGAGGAUGAAUCACAAGAUCUUUGGCAAGGCUGACAGAAUGGGUCGCCCAUGGGCGGGCUACAUCGCAACAAUCGGCAUCGGCGGCGCCCUCGCCUACCUGAACGUGUCACAUACCGGAGCGGAGGUGUUUACAUGGCUAUCAAACCUCGUAUCUCUUCUCACCCUCUUUGGAUGGGGAAUGAUCUCUCUCUGCCACCUGAGGUUCCGAUACGCCUGGAAGGCGCAGGGGCGGGAUGAAUCCCACCUUCCCUGGAAGACCUGGACGUAUCCGUAUGCCACCUGGUGGGGGUUUAUAUGGUGUGUUGGGUUGAUUGUGUUCGAGUUCUAUUUGAGCAUCUGGCCAUUACAUGAGGAACCCUCUGUGAAGAAUUUCUUCGCUAAUUACGUGAGCGUUGUUGCUGUUGCUGUAAUCUGGGCUGCGGCUCAGAUCUGGUACCGCUGCCCGGUUUGGGUUGACGGCGGGGAGAUUGAUCUGGACAGGGAUCGGCGCAUUUAUGCUCAUGAUGUCACUGAGGAAAGUACGCCUGCUAGGAAGAGAUUGCUUGGGAGGCUGAGCUUACUACUAGAAUAG